GUCGUCGAAUCUAUUGAAGAUAUUUUCACUCGCAAUGCAAAGGUAUAAACCCCCAAUUCUGAUCUCAUCGUCCCCGUUCCUCGUUUGACCUCGUCCGGAACCCAAGGUCGGCUGUUCAUAUAUUGCUUGCAUCUUUGUGUCUCCUGUUCCUAUAGCAUAAGUACUCCCUUGGUUCUCAAGAUCUUCCAGUGUCACUCCAUACCUACUCCACCUUUCCGCCAAUCAACGAUCUGCGACUACGCUACCCUUGCUCCGUUGCUACCUCUCCCGAGACUAUUCUACUCGAGCCGACAACCAGUUCCUGCUUGUUAUGUAGUCUUCCUUUGAUCAUCUCCUCCCUACUUCGCAGAAGACCUCUAGGAUUUCGGGGCUUCCCUGUGACGAUACCAUUCUUCCACGGCAACCAGAAAGUGUCUUUACUCUCUCAUCAAGAUACAGUCCAGACUCUGGAAAGAAGAAGAUGGCCUACAACCCAACAUCAGAGCAAAUUGACUGGCACAUGCAACAAAUGAGGCAAUGGAUGGUGCCUACUUCCAUCCCUAUUCCAUCCACCUCCUCUGCCAUGGUCAAUCCACGAGCCUUUCCGCAAGAUUUUUAUCCUCAAAACAUUCCUUGUCACGAGGUGUAUAACUACAAUGCGUACACUCCGCCUCUUGCGACGCCACCAGUUACCCAUACACCUCCAGUUCCUAUACAACGACGGACUCAGUCCUUCCCUCCUCUCUGCGACUACGACAUGCCCUUGGACUAUCUCACCCCGGAUCAAGGCUCCACGACAGACCCGAGCUGGAUGGCAGAUGAUCAAGAGAACUUUGACGAUGUAGUCUCUGUCUACUCGGAGACCCCAUCGAGCUACUUCUCAUCCGACCUCUCGGAGCUGCCUCGCCUCGAGUCGAUCAUCUCUUCCGGUCAAACUACUCCUCCCACAAGUUUUCCAGUUUCAUCAUCACUGCCCGAACAGACAUCUGAGGUCGACUCGCUCAUGAAGACACUUCAGCCUAGCCAGAUGAUGCAACAACCACAUCUGUCCAAAGCCGACCCUAGAGGCAAAGUCAGGAAGUAUAUCUGCUCUUAUGCAAAUUGCGGAAAGUCAUUCUCCCAGCCCACCCACCUCAAGAUCCACCUCCGAUCUCAUACCGGGGAGAAGCCGUAUAUUUGUUCCGUCUCAUCAUGCCGGCAGACCUUUUCUCAACUAGGUAAUCUACGAACCCACGAACGCCGACACAUCGGGCAACGACCAAACCGAAAGAGGUCGUCAUCCGACCCUGGUGCCAAUGGUCGCAAGUAUGAAUGCAAGCUUGACACAUGCAGGGACUCACAAGGAGGCAAGGUCUUUACACAACUUGGCAACCUCAAGGCCCACAUGAAUAAGUUCCACAAGGAGACACUGGCCAAACUCGCCCAACAAUUCUCCACCAACGAAGCCGUUCUUCCUCACGAAAAGGAGCUAAGGGAAUACUUUCAAGAUCUAUACAAGCACAGCAACAAGGGCAUCAAAGGCAGAGGAAAGGGGAGAAGGGUCGAAGUUAUUGUCACAGACUGAGCCAUGGCGGACUUGGGGAAGAUUGACUUUACGAAUUGACCGCUUCCUCACGUCAGUCGCCGAGAUUUCUUGGUUGGGGAAAAAAACCCAAUCUCGACGCUGUAUUUUGUCGUGAGCUCUAACUUUGAGGCGUCUAUCAGAGGGGAUUAUAUGACUAUGUGGGCACGACUCUCACAACUUCCGACACGGAUCAGCUAUUGAGCGAUACUACAAAAGUGUUACACUUUGUGUCCUUUUCUUUACUGGCCUCAUUGGCGGUUUUUUUCUAUAUACAACUGCAACCCUGUCGCUCUCGGUCUUUGAGCCUUGUUUGAAUUCGAGGGGUAAUUUUGUCUGAUGAAAGGUUGGGAAUUUAUGAAUGUAUGAUGAGAGGAUAAACCAAAUUACGAAAUCGGUAUCAUGUCCCAGGGGACAUGGAGAUCAAAAUGUCGACCUGAUUUAUGUCGAACGAUGAAGAAGGCUGAAGUCUCACGAUAGGAAGGCGUCCCUGGGGGUUUGUUUUUCAAAUGUACGUACUUGUAGUAACUUGGUGUAGAGGAUGUUGGAUGUGAGAUACGUGAUGCUGGAUAUGGG